GUCACCGAAUCUAGCGCAGGCACCGAUCUCCCUCUCACGAGGUUGAGCGUCAACCAUCCCUGCACAUCUCAGCAUGAGGCGAACUGGCGAACCUCCACAAGUCCACUGCCAUGGACGACGCUUUCGUGCAGGCCAUCGAAUACCGGCCUGUGUCGCCCAUCCCCCAGGCCACCGGCAUUCCGGUCGUCGACCUGUCACCCCUAGCUCGCAUGCCGCCAUCGCCAGGCGCCAUGAACGCGCUGGCGGCCGGGGUGGGCGCGGCGUGCCGGGAUUGGGGCUUCUUCCUGGCGGUGGGCCACGGCGUGCCGGACGCGACGGUGGCGCGGGCGGUGGAGGCCGGGCGGGCGUUCUUCGCGCUGCCGCCGGAGCGCAAGGCGGCCGUGCGGCGCACCGAGCAGGCGCCGCUCGGUUACUACGACGCCGAGCACACCAAGAACGUCCGGGACUGGAAGGAGGUGUUCGACGUUUUCCCGCACGAGCCGCGGUCGCUUGCCGGGGCGGCCGACGACGAGCUGGUGUUCGUGAACAAGUGGCCGGACGACAGCGAACUGCCGGGGUUCCGAGCGGCGCUCGAGGAGUAUGCGGCGGCGAUGGAGGAGUUGGCCCUAAAGCUGCUGGAGCUGAUCGCUCGGAGCCUGCACCUGAGACCUGACCGCCUGCACGGCUUCUUCGGAGACGACCAGACAACGUACAUGCGGGUCAACCGGUACCCUCCCUGCCCGAGGCCCGACCUCGCGCUCGGCCUCGGCCGCCACAAGGACAGCGGCGCCCUGACCAUCCUGCUCCAGGACGACGACGUCGGCGGGCUCGAAGUGCGGAGGCGAACCGACGGCGAGUGGGUGCGCGUGGAGCCUGUUCGUGGCUCGUUCGUCGUCAACGUCGGCGACAUCGUUCAGGUCUGGAGCAACGACAGGUACGAGAGCGUGGAACACCGGGCGUCGGUGAACUCGGAGAAGGAGAGGUUCUCCAUCCCCUACUUCUUCAACCCGGCUAUGGCCACCCUGGUGGAGCCGUUGGAGGAGAUGGUGAGCGAGGAGAACCCGGCAAGGUACGCCUCGUACAGUUGGGGCGACUUCUUCAGAACCAGGAGGAGAAGCAACUUCAGGAAGCUGGACGUCGACAACAUUCAGAUCGCGCAACUCAGAAAGGACAAAUGAAAUAAAUUAAAGCCAAAAACAACUUUGUUCAGCAAUAAAAGCCAGAACAUGAUCAUCAGCAACGCUGCCGUGGGGAAAAACACAUGCAUCGGUUUCUUUAUUUUUCAUUUUCCUUUAUUUUUCUUUUUUUUCAUUUUCCACAUCACGUCACACACUUAGACGACUCCAUUAGAUAUCGGAUUCGCAUUUCUAUUUUAGGAGCUACAGUACGUAGGAGUAGGACCCACACAAAACUCUCCCUAUCUAUUUCUUUUUUUCCAGCGGCUCUUCCUAUUCCAGCUCGCAUUUGCAACUGCCGCUGUAGACAGAAGAUGGGCGAGGCAGCCAUACUGCGGGUGUGGGACGGUUGUUUGAUUUGGAUUUAGGAGAGGAGAGAGAAAGCGUAGAAAAGGAAAGUGUCGCGAGCCCCUCGCAAUUUGCACCCGCGGGGCAGGUUCGACAACCCGAACAUAGUUGAGUGUGAAAAGGGUUUUGAAUCUAACCCGUGGGGAACCCACCGGCCCGAACUACAUAAGAAUAGUCCAGAAUUUCAUAUACAGCCUAAAAGGCCCGUCAUUUCUUUAUGAGAUGUCUUGCUCACGAUUCAAGAAGACAAGAACCUGUAUGUGCACUUCAGCUGUUCCGCACUUGUGUUUUUGAACUUGUAAGACAUAACAUAUUGUUUGAGUUGCGA